CAGUCUACUGAUAACCAAAUGAAAAUAUUCCUAACGUUUUGUUUACGCGGGGAAUUCAAUUGGUCCAGUAGCUAGAAGCGCUAGAGAAAUGUCUGCAGAAAAUCAAAUAAUUCCAACUGAAGCUCUUCGUGAAAAAAUUCGUAAAUAUUCCAAAAAUAUACGUGACAUCAAAAGAAAUUGUGAAAAUGAUUCACUUCGUUUUGGUUUGGGUGAAAUCCAAUCCAAAAUAAUCGAAUUAGAAAACCUCACAGAGAAAGAUGUCCAAGGAUUGGCUAAUCGCAUCAAGAGACGUAAACAUGCUUCAGCUGAAGACAUGUAUCGGCUCAGUCAUGCAUUUUUACAAGGCAUUGGAAAUAUUCGUGCAUUUUCAAUGAUUCCGGGAGCCAUUCAAACAUUGGUCAAGGAACUCACAGGUACUAAUGCCGAACAACAAUUCCAUGCUUGCGAAACUUUAUGUAAUCUCUCGUUGGGGGAGGCUCCAGUUUGUGAGAAAAUCGCUUCAAUGGCUGGAAGCUAUUUGGUCACUUAUCUUGACUGCACAGAGGAGAGAUUAAAGCGAACGUGUCUUUGGACAUUGACCAACAUAAUGGCCACUGGGGGAAAAGGCGCUUUGGUCUUAAUCUCUAUGGAAAUUGUUCCCAAGCUGGUGACAAUAUAUCUUCAGGAAGACAAUGAAGAUGAUUAUCGGGAAGAUGCUGCUGUUGCUCUAGACGUUAUCACUUCCGAUGAGAAUAUAAAAUUGCGACCUUCCGAUUUGGAAUGUCUUUUACUUAAAUUUCACACAAAGAAUCCAACAUCUCCGGGUGCUGAAUACCAUCUGCGGAUCAUAUUCAACUCUGGAAUCAUAGUUCCCGGUGUUAUUCUGACUGAGGAGCAGGUUAACUAUUUGAUGAACUUUUCUGUGGCCAAUUUGAGUCAAACAGAGAAUUUCGAAGGAAUCCCAAAUAGAAUGAGAAUUCUUUAUGCCAUAAGAUUGUUGGCUAAUUUACUAGCUCUUGAUUCGGCAUGUUUUAAUAUAUUAAUUGAUAAAUGCACCAUAUGGAAUACAAAUCUCGUAAAAUUACUUAAUCGUUUGUUUGAAAUAAAAAAUAAACAAUUAAGUGUUGAGGUAUUGUGGUUAGUUAAGAAUAUUGUUGCUUGUCAGAGUAAUAGUUUUCCAGCAUCGUAUUUUUUCGAGAAUCUACAUAUACCAGGGGAUAGUUUGCCGCCGGUGACAACGGUUUCUUAAUUAAUUAAGUUUUAUUACUAAGUUUUUUAAUUGUAAAUAAAUAAUUUUUGAAAUAUCUUGUUACUAAAAUUCGAAUCGAA